CAAAUAGUGACACGGAACAAUACCUCGUGAACGGUCCAUCAUAACAGAUUCACUCUUCGCAGCAUCAUUCAAACCGCAACGUUCGUAACAUCCACAUCAUCAAGCCGUGCAUCAUGAAUCAUAAAAGUUCCACUAGUGCUAUCAUCGCUCUGCCCGAAGUGGACAAUUUGGAACCCAACAAAAACCAAUGGGAGAAUUAUCAUUGCGCCGUGGAGCAUCGAAUUAUAGAGGACCGCCUGGACAUUAGGAUUUCAUAUGCCGCAAAAUUGGAUCUGUUUGCACCAUUGUUAAUAGAGCAAGAAAUCUCCCAUUGACUGACUGUCUUCAUCAGCUCAUCAGGGGGGUAUUAUCGGACGGUGAAAGACUGUCCCUUCCAAGUAGUGCACUACGUUCGGAAAUCAUAUUAUACGUCGGACAUUGUGACACAUAUGAUUAGUGUGUUUGUGCUAAACAAUUUACAUAUAUUAAUAACAAAGUGCCACGGACAUAUAUUAAAAUGUGUCUCUCUUGAAUAAUGCGUUAACAACGAGCGUGCAUCACCGACAAGACGGUGCUGCUCAUUAUACGAGGGUAGUAAUUGUGACCACGGAUCAUAUGUGAUGAACUAUUGCCCUCAACAGAGGCCCUGUGAUUUGUGCAUACUAGAAUUGGAAUCGUUUGAUUUAAAUUAUAAUUUCGUCACCGAUAGCACUGAAAUAGUGAAUUCUCGAAGGACAACACAACAGCGGGUGCUAGAAAUGUGCUGGCUCUCUCAUCACGACGUCAAGGAAGUUGCUGCUGUCAAGAAUGAUGCCCCCGUCGAGAUUGCAGUAGGGAAAGAGCCGAGCAUCGACAACGACAUAAAUAUAAUUCAAUCUCUCAUUUACGAGCGUAUAACCAGGCCGCGCCGCCGUGGACGCCCCGCCACCGCUGCCGCCGCCGCGGCCGCCGCCGCGGCCACCGCCUACGCCCCGUUACCAUCGACGUCCCAGCGCCGCCGCCGCCGCGGACGCCCCUCCGUCGCGGACGCCGCCGCUGCCGCUGCUGCUACUGAUGCUGCUACUCAUGCUGCUACUGACGCUGCUGCUCUUGUUGCUACUAAUACUGCUGCUCUUUCAUGCAAGUUCUGCUAGUGAAUAAAAAAAAGAAAUAUAUCUCUGGUUAUAUAACAUGCUCAGCAAACACGGAUAUAUAACUGUAAUAUUAUCUUAAUAAAAUGAAAUGUA